AUUGACAGCCAAAAAAAGAGAACAGCGAGAAGUGCAAGCGAUUUGAUUUGUCUACAUUUGUUAAGUUUCUACCGCUUCGUUCGUGUCUCGUAGUUUUUGUCAAUUGGAAAAUUUCUGAAAACCAUAAACAUACGGGAAACAAUUCGGUUUAUGAACAUUCAUUAAUUUAUUAUUUAGUGUGAAAACAUAAGUUCGUACAGUAUCCUCUUACUGAACCGAUUGUAUAAAGCGUCGCGAACGUAAGCCAAGCGAAGAAAAUUUAACGCGCAUCCGUGGAAAAACUAGUGCUUGGGGGAUAUUUUCUCGAUUUUCCACAAUUGUGUCAUACAUAUACAUACAUACCUAUAUUUUAUCCAAGAAAAGUGAUUUGUCUGCUGUGAAGUUUAAGCAUAUUGUAUAUUUCAAGAGGAAUGUUUUAAAAAUAAAUUAAAAACUAUAUAUAAAUAUAGAGUGAACGAACUAUCAUCAGCUCUGUACUUGUUUGUUUAUAAGACGUAAGAAAAACGUAAAAAAAAUUACACAAGCAAACCUAAACCUAAACCAAAGGGGGUGUAUCGUGGGUUAUUACUGCAGUUGUAAAUAACACGCGAGAGGUGGGGUGAAAUCGAAAAGUGAAUUCAGAUCGGUCUCACGCAUAACAAGUCACUUUGGGCCGCGUCAUCGAAAUCUAAAUAUAACUCAUGUGUGUGAUUUAGUUCCAAAUAUAUAUACAAACUUAUAUAUUUAUAUAUUUUAACUUGAAGUUUAUUGGAAUUUAUUGGGGUUUACUGCAACAAGCUUAUACAAACGUAUAGAAAUCUACAUAUAUGUUUAGUUGUGUAUGCGUAAUUAAAUCUAAAAUAUAUAGAUAAAAAUCGCAUAUAUUUUAUAAACAUUCCUUUUGAUAACAUACAUAAACCACAAACCGCAAGUUUAAAAAUAUAUAAUUUUGGAAAAUGUUCAGUCCUGAUUAUGAGAAACGUAUACUGAAACAUUGCAGUCCGGUCGCUCGAAAUCUUUUCAACUCCUUCGAAGCAGCCUCAACAUCAACAUCGCUCGACAGAUUCAUACCAUGCAGAGCCAACAACAAUUGGCAAACAAAUUUCGCAUCCAUAAAUAAAUCGAAUGAGAAUUCACCGCAGACGAGUAAAAAGCAACGUGACUGCGGUGAAUCUGCUCGUGAUAGCUUAGCAUAUUCCUGUCUAUUAAAGAACGAACUGCUCGGCACCGCCAUCGAGGACGUUAAGGCGGUUAGUGAUGAGCGUAAUGAGAACACCUACACGCCAGCAGCGAAACGAAGUCUAUUCAAGUACCAAUCACCGACCAAACAGGAUUUCAAUGAGCAAUGCCCAUAUUCGCUCUCACCAGUCAGCACGAAGAGUCAAAAGCUGUUGCGUUCACCACGAAAAGCAACCAGAAAAAUAUCGCGUAUACCCUUCAAGGUGUUGGAUGCGCCAGAGCUGCAAGAUGAUUUUUAUUUGAAUUUGGUCGAUUGGUCGUCACAAAAUGUGCUCGCAGUCGGUCUGGGCAGUUGUGUUUACCUGUGGAGCGCAUGUACUAGUCAAGUAACACGCCUAUGCGACCUUAACACCGAUUCGAAUACCGUGACAUCGGUGUCGUGGAAUGAGCGUGGCAAUUUGGUGGCGGUGGGUACACAUCACGGUUUCGUUACCGUUUGGGAUGUGGCUGCAAGUAAACAGAUCAAUAAAUUGACGGGUCAUUCCGCACGAGUGGGUGCCUUAGCGUGGAAUGGUGAAAUUUUGUCAAGUGGCUCGCGUGAUCGUUUAAUAAUACAGCGGGACACACGCACACCAGCGCAACAAUCGGAACGUCGUUUGGCUGGCCAUCGACAAGAGGUUUGCGGUCUCAAAUGGUCACCGGACAAUCAGUAUCUAGCAAGUGGCGGCAAUGACAACCGUCUAUAUGUGUGGAAUCAACAUUCGCUGAAUCCCGUGCAAUCGUAUACGGAGCAUACGGCAGCGGUGAAAGCUAUUGCCUGGUCACCACAUCAUCAUGGUUUAUUGGCUAGUGGUGGCGGCACUGCCGAUCGUUGCAUCCGCUUUUGGAACACCCUAACAGGUCAGCCGAUGCAGUGCGUCGACACUGGUUCGCAAGUGUGCAAUUUGGCAUGGUCCAAACACUCAUCUGAGCUGGUAUCAACACACGGCUACUCACAAAAUCAAAUAUUGGUUUGGAAAUAUCCAUCACUGACACAAGUGGCCAAGCUGACAGGACACUCAUAUCGCGUGCUGUAUUUGGCAUUAAGCCCGGAUGGUGAGGCAAUCGUGACAGGAGCUGGCGAUGAGACGCUACGGUUUUGGAAUGUCUUCAGCAAAGCGCGCAGUCAAAAGGAGAAUAAAUCUGUACUGAACUUAUUCGCCAAUAUAAGAUAAAUUUCUGCUGGCGAGUGGGAAAUUAAAUUGGAGUUGAAAAUUUUGCUUGUUUAUUGAGCACAUUUAUAGCUAGCUAAUACUAAAAUCCAAUUAACGCUAAAAAUUACAAUUAAAAAAUAGCAUUUGCGCAGUUAAAAUUAAAAAUACACAAAAUUAACGUAAAAAUUAUAAAUUAUAUUUUUGAGAACAACUGAGCGCAUUUUAAAUAAUUAAAGGCAAUUUUUCUCUAAUGAAGCAAGUUUUCCUUUCGACUCCCUAUAUAAAAUAUUUAUAUAAAUUUUAAAGUAUAUUUUAUAAAUGAAAAUAUUUUCUCAUAAAUAUUUAUAAAAUAUACUUUUUUGUUAAAUAUAUUUAUGUGCAGUUUACAUGUUUGAAAGCGAUAUAAAAAUCAUUUAUAUGUUAAAAGUACUUAAAAAGUAUCAGAACUUGCUUCAUUAGAAGAAAUAAGCGCAUAAUUAAUGAUUCAAGCUCUAAAUAAAAGUGCACUGUGCAAGAGUCAGUUUGUACGUCAUAAAGAAUCUGUUGUUGCUUGAAUGAAUGCGUUUAUUGUUUAUUGCUUUUUUUUAACGAUUUUCACAUCAUUCAAUACUGACUAAACAGAUUAUCAGUUCCUAACCUUAAAAAAAUAUGGCCAAUGACAAUGCACAGUUCACAUUUUAUUGGAAGCUUAACUUGAUUACUAAUUGUAAUUAUAAAAUGUUUGAAACGUAAAAAUUUAUUUGAAUAUCAUUAACUGUAAUUUGACUUAGCAUUAAAAACAAAAACACAUUGGAAUAACGUGCAAUGUUAAAAUAUAU